CUCAUGCUGGUAGGGAAAUUUAACCUCUGCUUUUGGACCAUCUGGUGCAGGACACACAGAGCAGUGAGCGACCAUGUACGGCGCUCGGGGAGCAGAUGUUGGGGGAGUAAGGUGCCUUGCUCAGGGGCUCUAGACAGGGUAGGGAGACACUGGAUUUUUGGACAGAUCAAUCCAGGUUCUUCUUUUGUUGUCUUUUCGUGGAGUCGAACUAGAGACGAACCAGAGACCUUCUCUGCCCAUAGUCCAAGUUUCUGCCACUAGACCACCACCUCUCCUGAAGACCAUCGCCUCUCCUGAACUGAGUCUCGCACCCCUGUCAUUCUCCACAGGACCUCUGUGCCGACAGAUCCUGUGUUCAAACAUCAAACAGGGGGGGCAGUAAUAGACAUUCCUUCACCACAUCAAGUUAGCCACCUCUGUUUCUCAUAAGAAGAGUGGGAGAAGGUGUAAGCUCAUCCUUAUCACUUGCUGACUAGUCUGUAAAUCGGGUCAGUCUUGCUCCUUUAUCCUCAUUUUUUCUUAUUUGUGUGCUUUUGCAAAAAAAUCACCAGAUUCCCACUGAAGUCUCCAUAUCUCUGCCGGUCAGCUCGUAGCGGAAGUAACUCAGUAACAGCAGAUGUACAUAUGAAGGCAUGAAGGUGUUGACCAAUCACAUUAACAUAAGUUAAAAAAAACAUAGAUCAUACCUAUUGGCUGCAAAUAACAGUUGGGUCCUACAGAUAAUCUGCAACAACCAAUUAAAGACCACCACGUGGUUGCCAAAUGUCUAAGGACCCAUAUUCACAUCCAUUUGGCCGGUGCCCCUCCCAAAGAAUUAUUAUGUAUUUAGACAGAAAUUAACCUUAACAUUUUGCAUGAGUUUCCUUCAGGUACUCUGGCUUCCUCCCACAGUCCAAAGAUAAGCAGCCUAACUGGCCUCUCCAAUUUGUGUAAGUCCUGUGACAGACUUGUGACCUGGUGUAUAAUCAAAACACUUUAGUUUAAUAAACAAACCUAGGUGCAUCUAAAAGAAAGUGAGAGGUUCAAAUCAGUCCGACUGCAGGAUAGAAUGUGUGUAUGAGCACAAGACAAGCUUCUUUCUGCCUGUGUGCAUCAGAGAACACUCCAGCAUUGGUUGUCUCCAGUACACCCCCCUUCCACCAGCCACCCAAUCAGAGGCAGCAGCAGCCAUGCAGAGUUGCCAGUGAGAGUCUGCACUCAGAAACAGAGCCGAGCUCUCUGCGUUAGCCUACCACACUGUCUCAGAAAGCUUCCUUGAUGGACAGAGAGGCAGAUGGAAAAGAACUAAACGAAGGUUGCAGCACAACUAAGAAUUGCAACUCCUUCUCUGUCUCCAUGGAAACCACUGAACAAUCAGAGCAGCCAAUAGACUGUGAAAUGGAGGUCGCUGUGGCUGAUUCCCCUGAACAGGGGAAGGAUUUCAGUACAGAUGAUGAAGUUUGUUUAGAGAGAAACUCAUCAGAUUCCCCAGGGAAAAAGGCGAUACUUGGCCCAUUAUUAACUGACUUACAAACUGGAAGAAUUGACACUGACAAAUCUGACUGCUCUGAGACCAACAUUUGCGCUGAAAUGCCUUGUCUAGAUCAAAAGGAAAUUUUGAUAUCAGAAUCCGGGCAUGAAGAACUUAACAGAAAUGAGUCAAUCACUUCAUCUGUGUCUGACACACCCUCCAGUGCUGACAGUGUUUAUGAGAAUGAGGCCCAUCGUAAGAGACAGGAUACGCCAGAACAAGACCCUGAGCAAGAAGAAGAUCCUGAGCAAGAAAAAGAUCCUGAGCAAGAACAGGUCCCUGAGUUGCAGCAGCAUCCAGAGCAGGACCCUAAACCAGAGCAAUACCAUGAGAAAGAGCUAGAACCUGAACCUGAGCCAUACCGUGAGAAAGAGCUAGACCCUGAACCUGAGACAUACCCUGAGAAAGAGCUAGACCCUGAACCUGAGACAUACCCUGAGAAAGAGCUAGACCCUGAAUCUGACACCAACCUGGGAGUGGGGCAAUAUUCUGAACCUGAGGACAACCUUGAAGUGUGGCAAUAUUCUGAACCUGAGGACCACCUUGAAGUGAAGCAAUAUUCUGAACCUGAGGAAAACCUUGAAGUGCAAUACCCUGAGUUAGAUCCUGACCUAGAAUCACCCCCCGAGUCAGAGCAAGACCCAGAGCUAGAGUUAUACACUGAGCCAGAGCCAGAGGCUGAUGAUAUUGGAUUUCAACAGAAAAAUUAUUGCUUUCAAAAUCUGCCAGUGAACACUGAAGAAGACCCCGUGGCCCAUGAAAUCCUUGUGGAUCCACCCACUACAGAGGAGUCAAUAUUGGAGCACUGCAUUAGAGAAGAGGCAAUGUCAGAUAUGUCUAAUGAAUCCUGCCACCAUGACCUUGACCCUGAUGAAAUGGAUGAAUGUUUGAGAGUUGAAAUUGCAGUGGCUUCCUCUGAUAGUGACACGGAUGACAAAUGGAGAUCAAUAUUCUCCUCUUCUAUUAAUAAAGAAGAUGAUGACUCAUAUUUGGACGGUCUUCAGCUGAGUGCCCAGGAGCUCUUUGUGCAAAAAGUUGAUGUGACAGACUUUGAAGAACAAGACAACAUGGAAGAGGCCUGUUUUGAGGAUCCAGAAGUGGAUGAAGUUAUUGAACAACCUGACGAUAUAAUUCCAUUUCCUGCGUCUACACAAGAGGUGAAAUAUAACCCUUUAGGCACACAAAGUCUGUCCAAAAUCUCUGAAGAUGACAGUGAAAAUGGCAGAGAUGCCAUUCACAACCACAACACCCAUCAGGAGCCCAUUAAUGCUGAUCAAAACAAGAAGCUACCAAAAGACUUCUGUGUGAUACAAGAGACUAAGAGUGAGAAUGUUAGCACAGAGCAUGUGGACUUCCAACUGGCACGUAAACAGUGGCGGGAAAUGGAGGAGCACACCAAAAACCAGAUUGUUAUACCUACAGCCAAGCAGCCCAGCUUCCAUGGCAGCCACAGCUUCAUGUACACUCCAGUCCGCAACAUUGAAAGAACUCAGAAGAAAACACAUGAUCUUGAGAGCUUGAAUCUGGUUGGGGAUUAUCCUCACACCCAAUUCAGCCCUUGCUCAGAGGACUCUGGCCUGGAUGAUUCCAGUUACAGGUCUACUUACGAUGACCCAGAGACACCAAUUGAAAGGGAGAUUCGUAUAUCAAUGGAGAGGGAGGAAAACUUCAGGAGAGAAAGGGGUCUCUCCAGGAUGGGCAAAUCAACUGAUUGUGCUCCAUCACGAAGUAUGCCCCGAUCCAUUAGCACUCCACUUACACCAUCCUUCAUCAUCACUUCCUCACCUACUAAGGAACCGUUGAAACAUGAAGUAUCUGCAAAUAAUGUUAUCAUACUCGACCCAAGCAAUGAUUUUACCCCAAGCCCCAGAUACAGCAAAGACAAUGUGGGAGCUCGGCCUGGUGAGUGGCGUUCUGAAGACAACAGAUCAAACCUCAUCAUCCUAGAGACAACCAAUCUGAUUAUUCGAAGUGCCUCAGACUUCUCUCUUAACAAAGCCUAUGAACAUCGUCAGGAAAAAACGUUCCUGAACAACCCCUUUUUCAAGCUGCGUUCAAGAAGUACAACAUCAUUUGUGGAUGAAGAGAUUAAGUUGGUCAAGCAGAGGGAGGACGAUCUGAAGAAAGAGAGAUCCGACCUGUAUGGCAAAGACAGGUUGAAUACAGAAAGAAUUUUGUCAAAUCACAUGGACACUUUGGCAUUUGACACUUCGGCUGAUGUACCAGUGAAGUGCAAGUCCUCUCCAUCCUCACCAAUGAAAACAGCUUACAGGAUGGAUCGGUCUGCUUUAUCCUGUGAUCACAGAUUUCCAGAAGUCUUCACAGGAGGAAGACGAAAGAGUGCCAUGGCCCUACGCUGGGAGGCAGGGGAGUUUUCAAAAAAUGACUGAAGAGGAACAAGUCAAAAGUUGGCCAUACAAGGGCAUUGAACGUCAGUGUUGUUCUUAUUCAAGUUAGAUUCAGUGUUGCAAUUGUUUGUUUCAUGUUGUGACAUAACCUGAACUCUCUGCUAUUGUGAUGCUUUUGGAAAAACAUAGCAAGACAUUAAAUCAUGUAAUAUGAACAGUUUAAAGAUACAUGGAUAGCACUUGAUUCUGGACAGAGGGUGAACAUGUCCUCAUCAUGUCUGAAUCAACACUCAUACCCAGAAGGCUGCUGGUUUCAGCUUGUGUAGGCUACAGCUUCUGAUGUGGUUGUAGGAGUAAAGUCAUGUUUAUUAGAAGAGUGACUAAAACUGUGCCAACACACAUUUGCCAUUUAAACAGACUUAUUAUGAAAACAAUACAAAUAUUUUAAAUCAUGGCAAGUGGUGAAAAUAGAAUAAUACUCUCACCUUUGUAGGAAUAAAAAUGAUAAAGCCACUGACAAAAACCCAGGUAAUUAUGUAUAAUGCAAUAACAUUCAAUAGCUGUAUGCCUCUUUGUCGAUCAUUCCUUGCCUAUUAACUAGAUCCAGGAGUUCAGAACUUAAAAAAUACUUUGACUGGAAGAAAACAAGAUUUGUUACUGCCUGGUCGGCUUUUAUAAGCUUAACACAGUACUCACAUGCCAUAUAUAUCCACACACACAUUCAUACAGUGCAUCUAUUUGGAGCACUUUUCUCUAUGAGAUCCUGCAUCUUAUGGUUAUGUUAUGGUAAACAUUUGCCUAAUCAAAUAACAUACAAGUCACUGAAUUCUUUGGUGCUGGGCUGAAAGUGUAUGGUGGAUUCAUUUUAGCGUUUACAGUGAAAACUUUAAUUAAAUCUCUCCGACUGAAGUUUUGGCCAGGAGAAGAUGUGGUAGCCUCCAACUCCAAUGUCCCAAUUGUUGGAAUCAUUUGUAGUGGGUGAGUCCGCAAUGAUGGCCAAUCAAUGCCUGCCUCUACUUUGAAAUUUCACUGACAACAAACCUACCUGUAACUUCAGACUCCAGAAGUAUCUCUCUUAGCCAGAAAAGCAGAGAGAUUAGCCUCAUAUUAGGUUCAGUUUCACUUAAGAAAUGAUAAUACUUCUAUAUUACCCAAAACAAUGGAUUUUGAAUCCCAUUACUCAGAAAAGUCGAGAUGACCAAUGUGUUCACAAAGAAUGAUUACAUAAACCCAAAACUUAAAAUAUUAUAUAUAAUACAAUAUAUAACAUAAAACACAAUAUGAUAUGGCAUGUGGCUAUUGUAUUGAUACUUACUUGAAGAAGAAUUGACUUGAUAUAAAAGAUGAUUAUUAUAACUUUAUUUGCUGACAGUAAACCGAAAGUUUUUGCCAGACAGCUGUAUGCUAAGAUGCCUAAAUGUUAGACUACUGUAUUUUUGAGUCCAGUCUUUGCUUAAACUUUCUGGACAUUAUAAAUGUAAAUCGGAUUUGAAAACAUAUUUUGAUGUUAUUGUAUGUCUUGAUAAAACCAAUGCUACAUUGCUCAGUGUAAAUUAAUUGCAUUUUGGUACAUGUUUUUGCCGCAAAGGAUGUUUCAGGGUGAGCUGGAGCAACAAAAAUCUGCACAAUAUACUGAACUUAUUAUACCCAUACCUUUACUCACACAAAUACUACAAUAAAUGUUUUAGUGAGAAUAAAUAUACAUGUGCAUUUUAGAUUUGUAAAUUCCUCACCCUACCUGUCUCUAUUUAAGACCAUUUGAAUAGUUUAUUUGUACAAGAUCCACAUUAUUCUGUAAUACGUAGGACAAUCCAAUAUGCACUGGUAUGUGUGACAGUGCUGCGACGCGCUAAGUGCUAGAGAACCGAUAAGACUUCCCAGAAUGUUGACUCCCAUUAACUGAAAUGCUCUGGAAAUUUCACUUAAUAGAACACAUUAAAGUAUUAUAUUCUUUAUACAAAAGUUCUAUGAAUGAAUGUUUACUUAUAUAGAUUGGGACAACACUUACAUAUACUUCAAUUCUUUAAACUUGUAUGUAACGGGACAUUUUUAGGCAGGUUUUUCUUUUUUUAAACAUUGUGUUUCACUUUAAUGUGAAUAGCAUGAGAAAAAACAAAAUAUUUUCAAAACAUUUUUGUAUCUGGUAUUUACUCAUUUUCAUUAAAGGAAUGUUUAUCAUUAUUCCCAAAGCCUUGAUAUUUCCAGCUACUCUGAAAAGCAUCUAGUUAGAGGUUAGUACUUUACUUCAGAUAACUGACCUUAAAUAGCAUUGUUUUACAUGUCAUGUUUGUAUGCUUCAUGGUUAAAGUAUAGCUUACAAAUCUUAAAGGUUACUUGCUGAUGUUUAAAUAUUCUGUGAAAAGCCCCUGCCUGGAUUUUUGUGGUUUAUUAUGCAGGGUAUUUUCAUUUUGUUUUCCUCAUGAAAGUUUUAAAGAAAUUAGUGCAACAAUAAAAGGUGUUUAAGAAGAAUGUUGGCUAGCUUCCUUUA